AAUAUAUAUAGUUUCUCCUUCUCACAAGUUCACCUCUUUCUUUUUCGCCAUCAGUUCUUUCGGCUCAGGCCCUUAAUCUACAGCGGUACCGUACUACUAAGUACGUCCCCCCAGGUCAAACAAAUACUUUAAAACAACCCCCAGAUACCUACCUAUUGUCUAUCCAUAAUGUUCUCGGCCCCGAUCUCAAGUGUGCUCUUAGCUUUGCUCAUCGUCAUCUUGCAAACCCUUACGGCAAUAUCCGCAUUACCUACCAGCACCGCAACCACGAGCACCAUUGCACUCUUCGCACUACUCAUAAUCGUUCUCCAAACCCUCACCGUGCCACCGGUAUCGAUAUUACCUACCAACACCACCCCUAGCACCAGUUCACCGCUCGAUACAAGACCAAGUUCAGACACCAACCUGAACUACAACUUGAACAACAAUAAUAACAAUGAUAACAAGAACAUUGUCAACGUCAUUCCUCCUACCGAUAAUACGAACGGAAAUAACUCUACCGCUUCGAAGUAAGUCCAUCCAUCCACCCCUCUCUCCUUCGCUAGUCCGUCCAUAACUACACAGUACUAAAUCGAUUCUCACAUUAUAGUAAGGCAACCCCCGGUCAAAUUAUCGGAGCGGCCAUCGGUACUCUGUGCACAAUCGCACUGGCCCUAGCCCUGAUAUUCUGGUGCUGCUUUGCUCAGCAUCAGCGCAGAAAGCGGGAAAUCAGGACGGCGAACGAGAGGGGGGCCACAACCGAGAGCACGGAACGGUCGGGUCCUAGUUAUGGCUAUUCAGGAAGUGUCGAUGUAGGACAUAUCGUUUGAUUCACAGCUUGGCUUGCUUGGUUGCUUGUUGAAAGAUUUUCCGGGAAGCAUGUUUGGGAAUUCUCUCACUCACUGUAAUUUGCUUCUUCACUUUCUUCAGUUCUCAUCCUAUCCGUUACCUAGAGAGGACUACAAGUCGGCAUACAAAAUCCGACGCUGGCUCACACGCUUUUUUGCCCACUUUUCGGCUGCCCCCUCCCUAUGUUUUUGUAUUCAUUAUUGUUUUUGGCAGCCCUAUGAGUAGUAAAUACAUUAAAAGCAUAAGCUAGGCUUAUUCGCGGUUA